UGUGUUGUAAAUGACAGGACCAAAAAGUGAUGGAAGGUUUUCGCGACUGAUUCAUUGAGGAAGUAACUGCAUUUAAAUUUCUGUAAUUCAGACAGCUGCACUCAUACGAGAUGAGGAAUACUCAGGAUCACCAUGGAGACAGAAAGAGCAACUGCCCAGGAGAAGGCAAGCCUAAAGUGCAGGAAGGUGCCAGUAGUGUAACCACUGUGGUGUUCCUGGCACUUUUCAUAGACCUACUAGGCUUUACUCUAAUUCUUCCCCUGUUUCCCUCAAUAUUGGAUUACUAUGAAAAAUCUGAUGAUGGAUUGUAUCAGUCCUUACAAAACACUGUGGAUUGGUUUGCAACAAUACUGCAUAUUCCCAACGAGAGAAAAUAUAACAGUGUUCUUUUUGGUGGUCUUGUUGGUACAAUCUUUUCCGUGCUGCAGUUCCUGACAUCACCUCUUACGGGUGCUGCAUCUGAUUGUUUUGGACGAAAGCCCCUCAUGUUAGCAACUAUGGUGGGUCUAAUAAUGUCAUAUGCACUGUGGGCUGUUUCCAGAAGUUUUGGUGUUUUCCUUUUGUCAAGAGUAAUAGGAGGAAUAAGCAAAGGGAAUGUUAGUCUCUCUACAGCCAUCAUUGCUGACUUACCCUCACCCCAGGCUCGCAGCAAAGGAAUGGCAAUGAUUGGUGUUGCUUUUUCUCUUGGCUUCACAUUGGGACCUAUGAUAGGUGCUUAUUUUGCAGUAAUGUCUUCAAAGGAGGAGCUGUUUUAUGUUCGCCCAGCACUGCUAGCUUUGCUGUUCGUGGUGGCUGAUUUGUUGUUCAUUAUCUUGUUUCUUCCAGAAACACUUCCCAGACAGCACCGGGUGUCUUCAGUGAUGUCCAGUGUUUGGGAAACAAUGGACUUGAUAAGUCCUUUAGCUCUUUUUAAAUUCUCUGCUGUCACAAGAGGCAAAGACUCACCUUCCAAAGAAAGCAUUCAGAACCUUAGGAUCAUAGGUUUGGUAUACUACUUAUACUUGUUUCUGUUUUCUGGGCUGGAGUAUACACUGAGCUUCCUCACCCAUCAACGUUUCCAUUUCAACAGUAUGCAGCAAGGCAAGAUGUUUUUCUUUAUCGGAGUAACCAUGGCUGUAAUUCAGGGUGGCUAUGCUCGUCGAAUCAAGCCAGGUGCUGAAAUCAAAACUGUUAAAAAGGCAAUAAUUUUACUGAUCCCAUCAUUUAUUGUCAUUGGCCUGGCAAAUAGUUUGAUCAUGCUAUACAUAGGACUCCUGCUUUAUUCGUUUGCUGCUGCUGUUGUUGUUCCAUGCUUGACCACACUGGUGUCUGCUUAUGGGUCAGCCAGCCAGAAAGGAAGAGUAAUGGGCAUUUUCAGAAGCCUAGGAGCUUUAGCAAGAGCUGUAGGACCAAUUGUAUCAUCAACAGGAUAUUGGCUGGUAGGGGCAGAGGUAUGCUUUAUUGCCAGUUCUGUUUUCUUUCUGCUCCCCUUUGUUCUUCUUGGAACUGUUAAACAUCAAGUUAAAGCUGAAUGAAAAAUGAAGAUGAAAGUUAGCAGAUGUGACUGCUGAAACAUGUUAUUAAGACUGUUUGAGUCUAACUUCCACCUAGGAUGAGGACUUUACUGAGUGGCACUCCUACGAUGGUACUUCAAGUUUGAUACUUUAGUCUAUUCAGAGUAUUUUAAACCUUUUAAAUGGGACCAGGUGCUUUUCCCUAAUAAACUGAUCAGGUAUGACAGUCUAUGCCAUUGACAAGCUUAUGUUGCAGUACAAAACACUUGGACAUUUGUCUUUAGAAUAAUAGUGCAAACAAUAUAAAACGUUCAAACGUGGGCAUACAGUUCAUGGGUAUCACAUAAGUAGAAUUUAAAUGUAUAACUGUACCUUUUUUAUUAUGACCUUUUGUAUUCUAAGGCAUUUUUUUGUUUUAGGAGGAAAUUAUAUCAGGGAAUACAACUGCUGAGAAGCAUCUUGCAAAAGAAGCAGAUAUAUAAUAAUUCUAGUAAUUUAUCAAGGGGCAUCACAGUAUAUUGUAUUGCCCAAUAUUCUUGUCUUUUUUGUCUAAGUAAAUUAUAGGGCCUUAGGAAACAUUGUAAGGAAUUACACCAAGACUUCAGGACAGCUUUUGGAAAAAAAGUGAACUGUGCUGAGAUUCAGCAUUGGGAGUUACCACAAAAUCUUCUCAUAGGAACAGCAAAGCGUCUGUGUGUGUCAGAUUAUUAUUCUUCAAAGAUGCAGUGAGUGGUGAUGAUAUGUAAUAUACCCUUUUUAGAAAUAUUCCUUCUUAUAUUUAUGAACCAGGAGCCACAGAUUUGACAACAAAUGUUUAGCCUUAACUUUAGCUGUCAUGAAAUGAUAGCAGUUUAAAGUGAAAUUUUGUUCACACUGAUUAGUUUUAUGUGCCAUUAGUAAUACUUGUGUGUAAUAAUCUGUUGUCUUUUGUAACAUAUUGGCAUUUUAUAGAUUCAGAAUGCUCAGACAACUCGUCACAGCGCAAUGAAUGUAAGACUUUACACAGUUGUAGUGUCUGUAGUUACAUUUCUUUCACAUGUUUAUUUUUCAGUGCUUGGCUGACUGACUUUUUAAGCAUUAUUUACACAGUAAGUGAGUGGGCGGCACCGUGGUGCAGCGGUUAGUUUUGCCACAUCACAGCAAGAGGUUCUCCAGUUCGAUCCUCAGCU